AUGAGUCAAAGAAUAAGCUUUGAGAGCUCCCAAGAAAUAGGCGCAUUCGUAAGGAUGACAAAUAUGUAUGCUUUAGUGGCAGCCACAGAUAACACUAAUUUUGUAUCUGCAUUUGAAGAAGUCUUAAAUAUUCCCGUUAUACAAACGACAAUUAAUGGCAUAAGAAUGGCAGGCACACAGACAGUAGGAAAUUCAAAGGGUCUGCUUGUCUCUUCCAGUACAACAGACCAAGAACUACAGCACUUAAGAAAUUCCCUUCCUAAUUACAUUAGGGUCAGGCGUAUUGAAGAGCGUCUUAAUGCCCUAGGAAAUAUUAUUGUCUGCAACGACAACAGUGCACUAGUGCAUCCUGAUGUUUCUUCUGAGACUGUGGAUAUGAUUACAGACGUAUUAGGCGUAGAUGUAUUUAAGUAUGCUUUAGCUGAGAAUGGCUUAGUAGGCUCGUAUGCAGCUAUGAAUAAUACGGCUAUGCUGGUUAGCUCUAAGACAUCCGCUGAGGAAGUUGCAGAAUUAUCAGAUCUUUUGAAUGUAAGGGUAGUACCCGGGACAGUGAACAAAGGCUCAGAUGUAAUAGGGUCUGGCUUGGUGAUCAAUGACUUCGCGUGCUUUGUUGGCUCGAAAACAACAAGCACAGAGAUUGUUGUAAUUGAUGGGUUAUUCAAGACAGCACCAAAUGCAGUGCUAGGGGAUGAUGAGAAGAGGGCAUGGAUUGAUGCAUUGCAGAUAUGA